UUGCGGUAACAGACGAGCAGAGGGAGCAGCGGAGCCUGCGGCCCCCGCCCCUUGAUUCGGGCUCCUCCGCCUGCGGGAAGGAGAAGCGGAAGCGAGUGUCGAGGCGCAGCGCCGGAGAGUGCGGGGUCGCCCCGCGGAGUCGCCAGCUGGGCGCCCGGAGAGGCAGGAAGACAAUUAGCAUCAUCCUGCUCCAGUUACAAAGUCUCCAAGGACUCUCCUGGACUUCUUCUCCCCAGGCCCCUGGAUGGGGUGUGAUGCCCCUCACCCUCCUGCUGCUGCUCUGGGGACCCCUGGCCCUGAUGGAGACCCGGGCGGGCUCCCACUCCCUGAGGUAUUUCUCCACCACGAUGUCCCGGCCUGGCCUCGGGGAGCCACACUACAUCGCUGUGGGCUACGUGGAUGAUACGCAGUUCCUGCGGUUCGACAGCGACUCUUCGGGUCAGAGUGUGGAGCCGCGGGUGUCCUGGGCAGAGCAGGUGGGGCAGGAGGACCUGGACUUGGAGACUCAGAACCAAAGGAACAACGCACAGGGGUUCAAAGUGCUCCUGAGGGACCUGCGCGGCCGCUACAACCAGAGCGAGGACGGGUCUUACACCCUCCAGAGGAUGUUUGGCUGUGAAGUGGGGCCAGACCUGAAUCUCCUCGGCGGGUAUGAAAAGUUCGCCUACGACGGCGCGGAUUUCAUCUCCCUGAGCGAGGACCUGCGCUCCUGGACCCCCGCGGACUCCGUGGCUCAGAUCACCCAGCGCGAGUGGGAGGCACAGGGGAGGGCUGAGCGCAUCAGGAUCAGUGUGAGAACCAAGUGCUUGAUGUGGCUCCGCAGACUCUUGGAGAUGGGGAAGGAGGUGCUGCUGCGCACAGAACCACCAAAGACACACGUGACCCAUCACCCCACCUCAGAUCAUGGGGUCACCCUGAGGUGCUGGGCCCUGGGCUUCUACCCUGCGGACAUCACCCUGACCUGGCAGCGAGAUGGGGAGGACCUGACCCAGGGCAUGGAGCUGGUGGAGACCAGACCUGCGGGUGACGGAACCUUCCAGAAGUGGGCAUCUGUGGAGGUGCUUUCUGGAGAGGAGCAGAGAUACACGUGCCGUGUGCAGCAUGAGGGACUGAAGGAGCCCCGAGUCCUGAGAUGGGUGCCCCCUCCUCAGUCCUCUGUCCCCACCGGGGGUCUUAUUGCUGGCCUGGUUCUCCUUGGAGCUGUGCUCACUGGAGCUGCGGUGGCUGCAGCUGUGAUGUGGAGGAAGAAGCGCUCAGGAUUAGAAGAUUCCUUUAGGAGUUCUGACCUGACUCCUCCGUGGUCUCACAUGAUUUUUCUUCCCACAGGUGAACAAGAAGAAGCUAUACUCAAGCUCCAGCAAUUCCGCACUGAGGAUCUACUCACAGAUGAUAAAUACUCUCCUGUGAAGGGACCUGCACUCCCGUCACCACUCAGCAAUAUUUACAGUAGCCAAGCUAUGGAAACAACCUAAAUGCCCCAAACAGGUGACAAAUCAAGAAGAAGCUGGGAUUACGUGUAUACAUAUAUGUACAUAUACAGGUGAUAUAUGUACCUGUAUAAUGAAACAGCAUCCACUGUUUCAGAAAACAUAACUCAUGCCACUGCGGCAACAUGGAUGGAAGAGGGAAAAGUCAAAAGAAAAAAGAGAAAUACUUAUAUAUGGAUGUAGAGAAAGCGAACGAAGGGCCAGAUUAAGCCAAAGUUCAAAACUAACCCUUGAGCUCCACCAAGCCGCACCUAUUGCUGACCAGUGCUGCAAUCCAGCCCAGGCUUCCUGGCCCACAGCGCUGGAUAGUGGGCUGACCCUCUCUAGUUUGGCAUCAGGCUCAUUUGUCGACAAAGCCUGACUCCUGCUGACUGAGUCCCCCAUUGUGUCUUGUUGCACCUGCACCACCACUGGGUCCCCAGCCUCUGCUGUUUGAUGAGUCUGUGAUGGAUCUUGUACUUGAUGCUGCAGAUUAUGACUUUUUUACACCAUUUAUGUAUCUACCACAUGGCCAGAAGGUGACAUCUUCUGACAGACUGUUAAUUCUCCUGAUAGUAACAAAUCUUAGAGCUUUUAUCCUUUAUUUCCUCAUUGCAACACUGAGUUAUUAUUUGCCUAUAUUUCCCUAAUGAAAUAUCCACAUAUUUUUUAGAGAUUUUUUUUUUUAAAUUUUGUGUAGUAGAACUGGGGUGAAGGCCAGAGGUGUCAAGGAGUAGGGGUGAGAAGAUUCGCUGGAAACAGAGUAGGGUGCAGAACAGGUGGAUAUACUGAAAUACACUGCUAAGAGGAGUAGUAGGCAAGACAGGAGAGGUCUGCUGAGCCAUGUGGAUCCAACUCAGGCUGUUGCUGGCCAGGGAUCCAACUCAGGCUGUUGCAGUGGACCUUCUUGGUAGUACUGAGACAACCCCUAGGCCACCAGAGAGGCCCAAAACCCACAAUUUUUAAAGAAUCAAGUCUUGUAAGAAAUUGUUUACUGUUAAUGUCAUUACCAUGGAUUAAGUAUUCCCACCAUUUCACUGUUCCUGCUGGAGCUGAGAGGAUACAGCAAAUUGUAUGUCAAUGUACGAGAGUUUCCAAAUGGCUGGAUUAACUCAUUAUAAGUGUAUGGUCCACAAGCUGGCUUGUUUAGGUUGUACAUCUUUGUCAAUAUCUGGACAGUUUCCAUUCAUGAUGGUGAUUUUUGUAUCUUCAGAUCUUAAGGCCAUUUAUUAAGGGCUCAGCUCACCAUACACACCUUCACCUCUUCUUUGACUACAACUGUGGACAAUAUUUUACAUUGUGG